UACUGUACCCUCUCCCUCUCUACUGUAUCUAGAUACUUGCCUUUGUGCACCACUAUGACGCGACCCUAAUGGCCUCUUAGCAUCCCCGGACACUUGCUGUUGGUACGGGAACAGGGCCGCCCUGUUCACGGCACACUCCGUCCUCAAAUGCGUUCUGGACUGCCGAGCAGAGCGGCGAAGAUGCUGAGCGGUGUCUCCUGCAAGGCCAGGCCGAGGCUCUGCAGCCUCAUGUUGGCCACGGUCCCCAAAACAGCACCGCUACCGCCGAUGUCAGUCACGCAGAGCCACUACAGACUUCGCUCCACGUCCUCGGCCCAGGGGUUUUCGGAACUGGCGAGGGAGCGAUCCAAGUCUGUCGCGUCGUUUUACAACCAGUCUGCGAUCGACGUGUCCGCAGAAAAGGCCUCAGUGCGGCUGACCUUGGCGACCCUGCUGUAUUCUGGGAAGUCUCCUGAUGGACACCACAUCUUGAGCAGUGCCAAGUACCUACACAAAGAGCUGCCUGUACGGAUUGCUCACCGUAUCAAGGGCUUCCGCAGUUUGCCCUUCAUCAUUGGUUGCAACCCCACCAUUCUCCAAGUGCAUGAACUGUAUAUCAGAGCGUACCACAUGCUCAUUGACUUUCCUCUGAUAAAAGAUCAGGACGUGGAUACCCGUUUCUGUAAGCUGGUGCAACAACUCCUGGACGACCACAAAGACGUGGUGACUAUGCUCGCGCAGGGCUUCAAGGAGUGUCGCAGACACAUCCAGGAUGAGACGCUUAUCCGCAGCUUCCUGGACACGACGCUGUGCUCCCGUCUGGGAAUCCGAAUGUUGGCCACGCACCACCUCGCCCUCCAUGAAGACAAUGUACAUCCCGAUUUUGUCGGGAUCAUUUGCAGACGCCUCUCGCCCAAAAAGAUCAUCGAGAAAUGGGUGGACUUUGCCAGACGUCUGUGUGAGCACCAGUACGGAAACUCACCCAGGGUGAGGAUCAACGGACACGUGGCCGCUCGCUUCCCCUUCAUCCCUCUGCCGCUGGAUUACAUCCUGCCCGAGCUCCUCAAGAACGCCAUGAGGGCCACCAUGGAAAGCCACCUGGACACGCCAUACAAUGUGCCCGACGUGGUUGUCACCAUUGCCAAUAAUGACAUUGAUUUUGUCAUCAGGAUUUCAGACCGCGGCGGCGGCAUUCCUCACAAAAUAGUGGACAAAGUGGUGGACUACCACUUCAGCACGGCCGAGGAGAGCGCACAGGAUCCACGCAUGAGCAACCUCUUCAACAACAUUACCAACAGUGGCAACCAGUCCAGCCCCAUGCACGGGUUUGGCUUCGGUUUGCCCACGUCCCGGGCAUACGCCGAGUACCUGGGCGGCUCUUUGUCCAUACAGUCAAUGCAGGGCAUCGGCACCGACGUUUACCUGCGUCUGCGCCACAUUGACGGCAAAGGAGAGAGCUUCAGGGUGUAAAGAUUCCCUCUUGUGUCUCUGCUGUGGAUCCCCAACCUGGAGUCAGACCACGCGGGGGUACAGAGGGUUUCAGAGGGUUUUUCCACUAGGGAGGCUGGCAUGGACUAUAGGACUUUGGUCCACAGAAGGAUAGCCUACACAGUAUCUUGUCAAAAAGCUCCUUAUUUCACCAACCCACUUUUAUUUUUUUGUUUUUGCCUUAGACUGAUUAUAAGCUAUGUUAGCUGUUCAAGUGAUGGUUUCAAAUUCAAAUUUUGUGUUUUGUAUCCUGUGGCUUGUUGUUGUGCAAUUAAUGAGGGGGGGGGGGGGGCGUAUGAUCUCUUUUGAAUGUUUAGGUUACUGCGACAAACUGCAUGAUAGUGGAUGGCAGUUUUUACUUCGAGAUGAAGGAGAGGAAGACAAAAGAAAAAAAAGAAAAGUUACUUGGUUCAUGGCCCUCGACAUGAGAGCAGAUGUUACAAAUGAAUCUUCUGAGACACUCCAGCAACCCUGUCAGAAUCUCCUCAAUGUGUGCAAAGCUGAUGACUGGAACAACAACAGUACUUUGGCCCUGGUCAGACCUGGUAUUAACAUCCAACAUCCUUUUUAAUUGGCUUCAUCACAAAGAGACAAAGUUAAUGUUUUAGUAUUCCCAAAUGUGUAGGAUCACUUUCAUACCCCGUUCCCACUGGUCAAAACAACCUGUUAAAUCCCAUUUUUAAACAGUUUUUUUGACCAGUAGGAUUGUGUUCAAUUAGCAAAACAAAAUAUAUGUAUUUAUGAUGCAAAGUUAGGUUAUUACUUAAAAAAAAAAACAUACAGAACUUGACACUAAGUGGUGGGCCACAUGUGGCAUGUGGGCCGCGGGUUUGAGACCUUUGGUGCUGCUGGGAAAUGAUGUUUGUAAACGACUCACUCUCUCUGCACCAAAGUUCAUUGAAAACAUGAGUGAUUUUACACCACAGCACACAGGAGUUGUUCAUCCGCUGCUGCCUCUGUUAGUAAUUCCAAAUAUGUCACCUUGUCACUUUGGGGUUUGAAAACCUCUGUUCGGAUUAACCCAAGUCACCCAAUCUUACCAAUAUGAGGCAGCUCCUGUUUCCCCAUGAGCUAAAAACACUGAUUUUCUCUAUGGGGUUUGGUAAACUGUUUACAAACUUGGGUUUCAAGCCAGAAAAUAAAGCAGCAAACUUUUUCUUAUGAUAUUGUAAACUGAAGCAGGCACAGAUUUAGUACUUUAGUUGUUUUUCUUUAGUGUAACCUGAACUUUCCUUUCAUUCUAGGCGUGAAUGGACUCCAUUUACAUGAUCUCCCUGAAGGAAUGUUAAUACCAGGUCUUACCAGUGCCUACCACAUACAAGGGGUGAAUGUGUAUUGUUGCAGUACUAGUUUAGUAUCUGCUUCCUCACGCUGUAUUAAAGUGUUUGCCCGCAUAUGCAAGUAAACUCAAUCCUUUUAUUAUACAAUAUUCUACGACCUUUCUGCCGUUUGCCGCCGAACGCAGAAGGAAACGCCAAAUCACCAAAUGCUCGUUAACAGAAUCUCUCUCGUCUGUUGUGAGGACACGCAGUGAGACAAACGUCUUUACUCAGCAGUGUAUUAUUUGUGGAGGUUUUUCAGGCAGGGGAAGCCAAGCAACCUGUUCAGUUGCCUUACAGUGUGACACUUCAUCUGCAUGCGGUUACUCGUCUUCAUUUCUCUUCCCGUUACUGUUGUUGCCUUUUAUUGCUUUUUCAAACAGAUACUGUUCAUGGAUUUUUCUUUUCUUCUUUGCACAUUUGUAGUGUCAUGUAAUACUCUGCACUCGCUCCAAUUAUUACAGGCUUUCGACUUCACUGUAUCAACUUUCAGAGUAACAAUAUACCAGAGAAGUAUUAUACAACACUGUCUUCUUUUUUUUGUGCUUUUAUUUUGAAAGGAGAUCACAUUUCAGCACAGGUUUAUUAGCAACAGGGGUUCCUGUACUGUUUUUUUUUUUUGGAAGUUGUUUUUAAAUCCCGUUAUCUCCAGGUCAUGACUCCAUUUUUCUCAAUAAGACGACAAAUUAAUGUGUAUUUUGUAUAUUUCAUGAUUGAUUUUUGUUUGCCCCCGCCACUUUAUCCUUUUCCUAUUUAAAAAAAAAAAAAAAAAAAAAAAAAAUCCAGGUUCCUCAUGAUUCGUCACUCCUUAUGCUCCACAUGAACGGCGGGUUGUCCGACUUUUAGUUUUGCACAUUUUGGUAUUCUUGACACACUUAACUGAAAUAAAACAAGAGGAUGUCCCACACUUUUUGGACAUUUGGACAGACGAUGACUUCCCACCUACAAACAUGUCACCCUUGUGGACGAGAUGAACUUUAAUUCAUUUAUUGUUGUGUUCUUUUGGUCUCAUUGUUCCAAAAUAGUGGUUAAAUUUGAACUUUUAUCUUUAAAUAUGUACUAAUAAUUUCCAUGAUGUCAUCUGAAGUGUCUCGUUAUCUCAGGACAGCAGGCGUGUGUGUGUGUGUGUGUACCUUUUUAAGAGUUUUACCUGAGUUAAUUUCAUCAGUCAUUCCUGAAAGACUAACAGAUGAGUAUCAUUAAAACAAAAAAAAAGAUUAAAUUGAGAAAUAGAUUUCUGAGAUUUUAAAAAAAUAUAUUUUUUUUACUCUCCAACACCUUUUCUUUCAAAAGUUUACUUUUUCAUUCUCCAUGUUGAUUAAAUAACACCCAGUGAACAGUG